UGCUGCAAGUUGCAAGGUAGCAGCGAUCCAAUCUAACUGCGAAAAGUUUGCUUCUUUCCAUUGGAGUUGGUGGCUUUAUUCUUCACUUCUCGUUGUCUCAUCCAAUCCAACAGCGAAAGGUCUACACCCCUACUUCGUCUGUUUUCUCAUCAUCUUAUCUCCACUCUCAAACCUCUCAGGCUCUCACUAAUAAAAAUCCACAGAACCCGCCAAAACUCACAUCUUCCCAUCUUUUGCUCAAAAAAGAAGCAAGCCCACCUUUCUCCUUACGAGAAACAGUCUCUCUCUCUCCUCCUCCAUCCUUCCUUUUCUUGAUUUCUUCCUUCCUUUCUUCUGAAAAUGGUUAAUUUUAGAGGGGACCCUGGACGUCGCGAACAACAACAGCCGAGAUAUGUGGUAGAAGAAGCAGCUGAACAAGAUGAGCAACUACAACAGCAGCAGCACUUGGCUGCAAAAGUAACGCUGCAUGGUCUCUGUGAUUUCUGUGGAGAAUCCAGAGCUCCCUUAUACUGCCGGGCCGACACAGCUAAGCUUUGUUUCUCCUGCGACCGUGAAGUCCACUCGGGGAACCCACUCUUCGGUAAGCACUCUCGCUCGCAGCUUUGCGAUGCUUGUGCUUCUAAGCCGGCUUCAAUCUUCUGUUCCACGGACAAUCUCGUUCUUUGCCAGAACUGCGAUUGGGAUGCUCAUGGUGGUUGCUCUUCCUCAUCCUCAUCCUCUCUUCACGACAGGAGGCCUCUCGAGGGGUUCUCUGGUUGUCCUUCGGCGGUUGACUUGUCUUCCAUUCUUGGGUUUGAAGACGUGGGGAACAAGUCUCUGUUACUGAUGGGGGACGCCAUGGAUGAUUGCUUGGUGGUCUCUGGUCCCUAUGGAUCGAUGGGGAUGGCUGAUAGUUUCACGGAUGAGUUAGUACGGGACACUCCUGUUGUUAGUUUUGACGAUCUUAUUGUUUCGAGUGAUUCCACUCAUAACUUCCUACCUAUGGUGGUUCCUCCUCUUCCCAAGAACAGGAAAUCAGCUUGUGGGAAACACAAAGAAGAGAUAUUACGUCAGCUCUGCAAACUGGCAAAGUUGGAGAGAAGCUUGAGUUCAGAAAAUGGGGUGGUCGAAUCAUUUCUUGGACUCCAACCCUCAGUACAGGAACGAAGCUUCCAGACUGGAUAUGUAGAUACAGGAAUAGAACAUGGGACAGGGCCAACCUUAGCACCUGGUUUCGAUGUAAAUGCAUUUCAAUGGCAUGGUGACUAUAGUGAGGCAGCAGAUCAGGUUCCCAUUUUGAUUACCUUUCCAGAUAACCGUUCAGAGGAAAAUUUUCUAGUUCUUGGUGAACCUGGGGAAGAUGGUAGCAGUGGAAGUCAUACUAAUGUUGGUUGCAAAGAGCAGUCACAGCAUCUCAUCAUCAGAGAGAGCUUGCAAGGCUUGCAAAAAGUUGGUCAGCAUGAACCAACCAGAAUUGACAGGGACUUGGCGAUCUCACGGUACAAAGAAAAGAAGAAAGCAAGAAGAUACAACAAACACAUCUGGUAUGAAUCCCGGAAUGUUCGUGCGGAAGGCAGGACAAGGAUCAAGGGGCGUUUUGCUAAGGCUAAUGACUGAAGUACUAGCUAACAUGUGAAUAGGAACUCUACACCUGGUUUUUCUAGAUCUAUUUUGGUGCACUCUAUACUCUUCUUUGGUUUUAUGUUGUAUAUUAGCAUCUGAAGUCAAGUAGUGGCAGUAGUUGCAGUUUGUAAGAAACAGACCAUGAUCAUUCAUGGUCAUGGUAAUGCAUAUUUGGGUAAAGAGUUCAAGAUUUAUACCUAUGCGUGGUAAGAUUGCAACAUAGAUGGGAUGAGUUUGAGACCUUCUUUGGGUUUGUAGUGAGAAUGAAACAGAUCUUGUUUUGUGGCAGAUAUUACUGGUAAUCAGCAUGGUACAGCCAUUGCUAGAUGAGUUCUUUAGAGAACAGAUCUACACAAACAGGUAAUCAGUAUAUUCAUUUUUAUGUAUUUCUUUACUAAGAGAAUGCCCUUUAAAAUUUCAUGAAGACAUGAACUGCUAAUCAAAUAACAGCAUCACAUAGGCGUUUCGUUUAUUAUGCAUGAAACCACUGUUAGGUUUUAAUGCUUAUCAAAUAAACACUAAAAAAUAGAAAUGCUUGGAUUUGUGUGCAUGAGGCGUCCCCCAACGCCCCAGCGUUUGUUGAAAUGAAAUGCUCGUGUGACGUACUUUAAGCUGAGGUGGAAAGUAAAUUUUUGGGGUGUUACCUGAAACGCCCAACAAAACAAUAAACACUCCAUCUAUAAAUGCCCACAGAACUAACCACAUAUUGAUUACUGGCCAUCCUUGUUAGAAUUGAGAACUAAUUCUCUGUGCUGCAUAUUCUACUUGUGGGAACGAGCUUGGAUUGAUUGGUAAGGUUAGAGAUGACAUUUUCCACCUCCUUACAACUAUGGGUAUGGGUAAGAUACAGCAUUAGACUGAAUCUGACCCUCCUUGACUCAUUUAUUAAAUUGACUAAAAUAUCCUUAGUGUUUAUAAUUGAAAUACCAAUAUAUUAGGGGAUAUACAUAACCCUAGUGGCUAGUGAUGGUGUUUUAUGUGUUGAAAUUAAUAAUGCUUUGAAUCUCAUGUGAAAUAUAAUUGAUAGAUUGUGCAUUUUAUACAUGUUUCAAUCAAAUAAAUAAAAAUUUUGUUGUUUGUUCAUAUUAUUUUAUUUGUUUAUUGCUUAAAAUUAGAGGAUUUCGAUUCUGAAAAUCCAAUCUGUUACAGGUUUUGGGGAAGAUAAGGGUUGGUAGGUUUGGAGAAGAUUAUCCAUUUUUGUUUGUGAAAAGUUCUCUGCAGCUCUAUCCUUACAGUCGGAAAUCGUGGUUCAAAAACAGAGUAGGAUAAAUAAUAACGGAAUGCAGGUGUACUACUACUACUACUACAAAGAACCCAGAGAAACCAAUUUAUAAUAAGAAAUUUCAAGUGAUUUUUUCAUGUUUAAACAGAAGCUACAUAUAGGAGAGUUUGGUGGGUUAAAGUAUUUCUUCUUCUUUUUGUUUUUCUUCUUUCUGUACAGGUUUAGAUACCUGGGGGAAUCAAGAGUAAGAGAAUGAGGUCUGUCUUGAUUGUGUCUGCAACAAAGUUGGCUGCUGCUCCAUUAAUGGUGUCAUUGUCAACCAGAGCGGUGACCGUUAACCUCAGCUCCUGCUCAUGCACAGCAACACUGGCACCCAAUACCUCCGCCCCGUGCCUAUUGAAUACCGUGAAAAUAUCAUUCACCAGACCCCGUCGAACAACCUUCGAGCGUACCCCGAAGAACCACACCUUGCCGGAAACCGUAACGUCCACCGACGAUGAUGCAUUCCGAUGGGUGGGCAGGCAUACUGCAGCCGCUUCUACCACUGCCUUUCGUUGCUUUAGCCCUUCUAAGCAUUCCUCGAGCUCUUUUAUAAUAGAUGUAAAGAAGCAGAAGGGGGAGAUCCCAGUACUAACCUUAUGGAAGAGAUUGGGAACCAUGGAUUGAAGGGUUGCAAAGAGUCUGUUCAUGUGGACUCGUCGGCUGCUUUCUUGCUGAUGAGGUGGCCUUGAACUUGAAGCAGCUCUUCUGUUGAAGUCGGUUCCCCUGGACGGAGAAAACUCAGAUAAUGGGGCAAUUACAGAGUCGCUAUAUCCCUCCAUGAGCUUUAGAAACAGCUUAGAGACGUCCUUGUCUUCUUGGGUUCCUUCCAUUUCUGAGAGAGAGUCAUGCACACAGAAAGGGGGCAUACGAGGCAUUAUUUAUUGAGCUACAAGUUAGAAAUGGAGCAUGGUCGAGCGAUGGCGAUGGCGGGUGCUGGGUUCCGAUUAAGGAAGCAAAUGGAAUAUUUUCCUGAGAGAGAAAGAGAAUGAGUAGUGUACGAGGAAACCAAUGAUAACGUUUCGAUUCUGUUUGUUGAUGAGUGAGAACAGAGUGGCAGUUACAUCUCAAUUCUUCACUUGCUCCAAUUUCAGACUUAACAGUGUACCUUUCACGUCGACUGAAGAAUUCUGAUCUUGUUGAUGUGCUCGCCAUUA